AGAAACCGGUUGGGUCUGUGUGCCUGCGGUGAGCGUCUUUAAGACUGUCAGAAUGAGCCUGUGUGUGUGUUUUGUGUCGGCGGACAGCAUCUCGAGCAGGAGCACGGCACAGCAACAGCCUUUGUUCGGACAGAGGGAGAUGUGUGCCAUCCCCAGGCCACGCCAUUGAAUUUCCUGUGUGCUUAGUGGACAUUAGGGUCCAAGCAUGAAGACUUGGACAGUGGACGGUAGACAGGAACAGGACAUGCACUGAGUGGGAAGGUAAUGUGGGUAUGAGACAAGAUCUUCUCCAAGAAAUAUGAGAGAGAGAGAGAGACAAUAUCACCUGCACUUAGUGACAAAGUGACAAAACUGCUGCCACUGUCUCAUCAUCAUCAUCAUCAUCACAGCAUUAAAGGGUGAAUCCAAAGCCAGGUGCAACUCGCCGGACUCCAUACCACACAGCAGACGGCUUUUCACUGACCUCCAACCUUGAGCUAUGACGUCCCCACCUUCUCCUCUGGCUUCCCCUUGUCCUUGCCCUCCUCCCCCUCCCUCGCUUCCCUCAUCCCCUGCCCCAUCUUCUCCUGCGCCCUCCACUGUCCCGGCACCUCCCUCGCUGCCCCCUACAGGUGAGGUAAUGGUGAUGGCCUUGGGAAGGAAGAAACAGAGGCUCUUCAUCGCACUUUCCAUCUUGCCCAACCUCUUCUUGGCCUUCCUGCUGUCUUCUGACCCACUGUUGACCCUGGCGUCACCCCAUCACUGUCAUCUGUCGGUGUCCAACCCCACAGAUGAGAUGCUAAAUGUCUCACUGCCCUGGGAGAAGGGUACUAGGGAAGGUGACAGUGGGGGGCUCUCCCAGUGCACCCAGUACACGUUUGUUAAUGGCACUCGCUCUGGUGUAGUGGACUGUGAAGCUGGGUGGGACUUUAACGUUACAGAAGGCCUGAGGAAUAACAUUGUCACUGAGUGGAAUCUGGUGUGCUCUGAGUAUUGGCUGGUCCCAGUGGAGGAAGUGUGCUUCAUACUGGGUAUCCUCAUAGGCUGCCUGGGCCUUGGAUAUGUUGCUGACCGAUUGGGCCGGCUGAAGACCCUGCUAAUCUCUCUCACUUUGUCUGUGGUUUUUGGCAUACUGGUGUGUGUGUCUCCCUCACCCCCCAUGUUCAUCGCCAUGCGGUUCUGCUUGGCCGCAGCCACUGCUGGCAUUUAUCUCGUGUUAUAUAUUGCACGUUUGGAACUGUGUGACCCUUCACUGCGUCUCCUGGUGACCAUGAUUGCGGGACUGACAACAGUUGCCGGGGAGCUCUUAUUGUUGGGAGUAGCUGUUGGAUGCCCGACAUGGAGGGGGUUGAUAGGAACUGGAGCAGCACCUCUUUCUCUCUUCUUCUGCUAUGGUAUUCCAGGUGUCUUUCCAGAGUCUCCACGCUGGUUAUUGCUCUCAGAGAGAGCAGGUGACAUGAACUCGUUCAGUGAACACAGUGAGCGACAAAGAGAAGAUGACGGCUUCACAGAGCUGGAGUCAGAGUCCCCGCAGACUGGUCGUCCUCACUUGUCCUUUCCGGAGCUCCUCCAGAGUCGAAACAUCUGGAAAAACAUGUGUGUGCUGGGUUUUACCUCGUUCAUCUCCCAUGGCAUUAGUCACUGCUACAGUUCCUUCAGGGGCGAUGUUCGAGGCACUGCUUCCAGUUUCUAUUGGACCUACCUGCUGUCUGUCUGUGCAGGAGGUGGCGCUUGGUUGUUGCUCUGGGCAACAGUGGACCGGUGUGGUCGCCGUGGUAUCCUCUUGCUGGCCAUGACAAUGACCGGGCUUGCCUCUCUCAUUCUACUGGGCCUGAUGGAGUAUCUGAGCGAGUCAGCCAUUACAGUGUUCUCUGUGAUGGGCCUCUUCUCUUCACAGGCUGCUGCCUCUCUGUGUGUCCUCUUUACUGCUGAAAUCAUGCCCACCAUCAUUAGGGGAAGUGGGGUGGGUGCUAUCCUGGCUCUUGGCUGCGUGGGUCGGCUUAGCUCUCCUCUGAUGGACCUGCGCAACCACUACGGCUACUUCCUGCACCAUGUAGUCUACUCUUCUCUUGCCCUGCUGGCUGUUCUGUCCAUCCUGCUGCUCCCAGAAAGCAAACGGAAGCCCCUGCCACAGACACUGGCUGAUGGUGAGCAAUACAGGCGCCCGCCGCUGGGCCGGAAGAGGAGGGACAACGUUCCUUUGCUUGCCACACCAAAUCCAGAAACCUAGCCUUCGUAGUACACACACACGCACCUGCUCACCUCAGCCAUUCCCCUGACUCUCACCAUGUCUGUGUGGCAGAGGACGAGAAGGGGCAUAUGGGACAAGCCUUCUUAACCUCCCACCCUGUAAUCAUUCCUAACGCAUAAAUGGAGCUACAGCAUGCUGAGUCCAUCCAGGCUCCUGCUGAAGUGCGAGGGGUGAGAAAGUCAAUGGUGUAGAGAGCCACCUGUGCUCUGUAGUGUCCCAGGGCUCAUCUAGAGCUACUGCAGUGAGUGCCAUUUUCAUAAACCCUGCAACAGGUGGUAAUCCUAAAAAGUAACACACCAGACAGUCGCCAUCACGGACCUAAUACAAGUGUGUAUGGCCCAUAUACCGUAGCACUGAGUGACACAGCCUCUAAUUAUAUCAACCCCACUUCACACAGGCAAGGGCUCAAAAUACAACAGGUGUUCUGUAAAUACCCUAAAUAUACUCUGUCUGAACUGAAAUAGAAUAUAAAAGGUAGGGAGGAAAUAGAAAUAUACUCCUGCUGGCCCUUCAGCACAAUAGAAAAACUUCAUUGCAAGUUCUUCUGUUAUUUAUCAGCAGGUAGUUUACGAGUAUAAUGGCAUUACAGUACUGAGUAUCCUGAUUUGUGUAUGCUGCACUGUGGCAUGCUGACAGAGAAGGAGUACUUAUGUCACACGGAUGGAUAUGCUCCUGUAGCACUCUUAUAGAUGCUUUGGGGUUGGAAGAAACAGGACUGAAUCUUGCACCCAGUAUUAAUGAGUGUGCAGGGAAGGAAAGGACAAGCGCAAGAAUUUUUGUUUACUCUGGACAAACAUGGAAGAUGGGCCAAAGAAACCGAAGGAAUGAGUCAUGCAGCCUUGUCUUAGAAUCACCUCUCUGUCAAUUUGUUAGCUUGUUUAAAAAAAAUUAACUUAAUUCUCUGUUAGUAGUAAUAAUAAGACAAUUAACGGUUGUUAUAAUUGCUAAAAAUUACUGGAGAGUAGUAAUAAGACUUAAUGACUGACUGCUUUAGAUUACUUACCAAUAAUAACACGUGCUGUAAUUAUGUUAAUAUCUCUUUAACUUAAUUUAAUUGGAAAUAAAAUUUUAAAAAUGAAACUUGGUUCUGUCUUUGUAUGAAUGUAAUUAACAGUUAUUCCACGGAAUCGAGUCAUACAUGAGCUGAUAGCCGAUGAGGCACGUAGCACCGAGUUGGACAAGAUCGAGUGGAAUAACUGUUUUAUUCUAUUCACAUUCACUGGAUUUUGAGAAACUGAGCAUUUUUAUUUUAUUUUUUGCAAAUUUGAUAAAUAUAAACUUUAUACAAAACAUCUGACAAAAUCAUUUCCGCUUAGAACGCUUAAACCAGCGAAAUGACAGUAAAAAUUUGUGAAAAAUACGAUAAUUCUUGAAAAUAAACAAUAUAUAUACAUGUUCUUACCAUCAAAUACCUUUAUUCCGUAUUUUAUUGCUUUUUUGUGUUUUUGUUUUCGAGUAGAGUUUUUAUUUCAUCCUCGGUUGGUUUUGCAACACGUUCCGCCAUUUUGUAUUUCUCUACUCACGGUAUAUGGGCUGAUAGCCUAGUAGUGGAGUAGCCAAUCAGAGCGCGCGAUUGCUCAUAUCCAGUGAAUGUGGAUAGAAUAAUAUAAAAUGGACUGGUGUGUAUUGUUGUAUAUUAGCACUUCAAGGCUCCACGACCCUCUCCAGGAUAAAGCGAUUACUGAAAAUGAAUGAAAUAUACCUUAGUAUUGUAUUCACAUACUCAUCACCCACAAGUAGUUCUUUUUAAAACAUCACAGCAGUGUUGAUUUGGCUCCCUCUGAACACGUAUUUAAUCUUUAGCGCUUUAGUCUUUAGGACACUUGAAUAAUCUGAAACAGCUGAAGUAGUUGCUUGGCUCCAAUAUGCUAUGUGGUAUUAGUAAGAUUAUUCAAAACAUUUGGCACAUAGCUGGACACCCUUUUUGCAAUGGGGCGUUUGUGAUCUAUUUUGGGAUGCCAUCAAGCGUCAAGCAUGUGCGUCCUUUAUUAGCUUCACUGGUUUGUAGAAAAAAAUGUAUUGCGUAUGUUUAUAUAAAUUAAAGCUGCAGAAGGUAUCACUUGAAGGGAUCACUUUAGUUAUCCAAGGAUUUUUGUUUGUACCAUUCCUUUUGUUCAUUGUUAACAUUUUACUAGAAUAUAAGAGCCUGCAAUAAAUGUUUCUGCUUUAUAAACAAUAGCAUUGUGCUAUUUUGACAAGGGUGGUGAUUCAUCCCAUUCCAAUUUUGGGCAGCAGUGCUGUCUCUCAUGUGGUGUGGUCAGUCAGCCAAUUGGCUUUAUUGUGGCUAAGUUUGUCUCACUGUUUCUGACUGAGCACUAUGUAGCCAAUUUCUUGGAAAAGCCGCCUCCUAAUACAGUAAAUAAUACACAUCCAGGUAGAUUUGCUUGUCAAGAUCAGAGCAUUUUUAUUGACUAAAUAUGCUGAGUACACAGGAGUUUGAUUUGGCAGACAUUCAGUAACGUGAGCAUACUACAUUGUGUAAUAUACAAAUCAGAAGGUGAUCAAAUCAAAAUAUAAAAUGUCAUUGUACAGAACAGUGCUAUACGGUAGGGCAAUGAACAGAGGUGGCAUUUACCAUUUUUGACCCCUUGCUACAGCAAUACAGAGGAAAUCACGGAUUUCAUGAGAUUUCUCAGGAAGUGUGCAGUAAAGAUCUGCAACACGUCGCUUUAUGGAAGAUAUGGUUUGUUUGCAACACCGUUGUAUACCUAUUAGGCUCACAUCUGGUCUAUCUGAUUGGUUGACUUCUGAAAGCAAGGAGGUGCAGAACAAAGCAUUUUGGUGUGACGUAGAGACUGACAGACUGGAUAAAUGCCUUCAACAAAAGGGAGAAUUGUGGCAAUCAGUAGCUGUGAGACUACACUUGUCCGGUAACAUUCUGGCUUUUAAGCAGCCUCAUCUCAUCAUCUGUAGCCGCUUUAUCCUUCUACAGGGUCGCAGGCAAGCUGGAGCCUAUCCCAGCUGACUACGGGCGAAAGGCG